GUUCCAUGCAAUGGUAUGGAUAGUUGCUAUCCGAUGGCGUUUGGAAUUCCGGCCGGACUGAUGGUCUUGGCAACGAUCAUCUUCAUCUCCGGAUCGAUAUUCUACAAUAAGCUACCACCCAAGGAAAACAUCUUUGCACGUGUUUGCGUAACUGUUGUUAAAGCCCUCAAAAACAAGAUCGUCUACAAGACCAGUCGACCGCAUUGGCUUGAACACUAUUUUGAUAAUCAUAAUUGUGAUGAAGAUCCACAUUGUAUUGCGUUACGUAAAGAGAGUAAAGAAGGUUCAACAAAAUGUGCUCAGGUUUGUCAUUUCCUGAUCGAAUUCUUUCAGGAUAUGUGA